AUGCUUUCUUUAAAAUAUAUUUGCAUCCUCUAUACAAGGAAGGAAGAAAUGGUUUUGACUUUUGUAAAGAAAAUAAUUUUUUUCUUCAUGACCAUGCUUGGCAUUGUGGGGAACAUAUCUGUUUCUCUGAAUUACAUGUUCAGCUGGCGGGGAGGCCCUGAGAAGAAACCCAUACACCUGAUUCUCAUCCACUUGAUUUUUACAAACAUCAUAAUCCUUCUUGCAAAAGGUUUGCCAAUGACAAUAGCAGCUUUUGGUUUAAGAAACUUCCUGGAUGACAUAGGCUGUAAGAUUAUAUUUUACCUGGAUAGGGUGGCCCGGGGCCUCUCCAUCUGCACCAGCAGUCUCCUCACUGUGGUCCAGGCCAUCACCAUCAGUCCCAGAGCAUCUGGGAGGCUCAGGCCAAUGUCUGCAUGGCACAUCCUUUCAAUCUUCUCAUUCUUUUGGAUACUCAAUUCUUUAAUAGGUGUUAAUGUAAUCCAUUCUACUACAAAUACAAGACUGAAUGUAUCACAGCUUAAAAGUGAUGACAACUAUUGUCAUUUUAUGUUACCAACUCAGAAAUUUAGAUGGAUUUUUCUUCUCCUCAUGGUCCUGAGAGACGCAGUGUUCCAGGGCGCCAUGGGAGGGGCCAGUGGCUACAUGGUCUUUCUUCUCCACAAGCACCACCAGCAUGUCCUCUACCUUCAGAACUCCAAGCUUCUCUACAGAACUCCCCCUGAGCUGAGAGCUGCUCAAAGUGUCCUCCUUCUGAUGCUCUGUUUUGUUUUCUUCUACUGGUCAGAUUGUGCUCUUUCUCUAUUUCUAAAUCUCUCUUCAACAGCCAAUACUUUGAUGGCAAAUACUCAUGGAUUUCUGGCCCUUGGUUAUGCAAUAUUCAGCCCCCUUGUGCUGAUUCACAGGGAUGGACUUCUGACUGAGUGUUGGCAUGCUCAGUGUGAGAAAUUGAGAAAAUAUCUCUCUCAGUUAUUUGUUCAAUGA